AUGACUCGCAAAAGCAAAACAUCUCCAUCUAAAACUGUAUCUCCAACAACUGCUGACAUGCUCAGUUAUACAUUAGAAACCAAUACCAACGAAAGUGUUAUGUCGACACAUUGCAUGAGCCUAUCUUUGGUUCUAGAAGGUACCCCACCUGGUUCAGGAGAACUAACUCUAUUGGCUAUUUUUAAUGGACUCGUUGUACUAGAAGGAAAGUGGAAUGAUAAGGCGGUUUUGGAAUCUUCAUCCCUUCCCAUGAUUCUGAAUGAUGCACAUACUCAAACGAUGAUCACAUGCUCACCUCUAGUCUUGUUGCUGCGUGGAUCAGGAGGAAAAGCUUCGAAAGAUCCAGAUCCUUUUACCCAUCCUGAAAACCGUGCUGGAGCAAGUGUAGAUUUAUUUCCACUUUUAAUAGGAGAGACGGAAGUAAUAGUUGCAUCUCAAUUAGUUUUAAUACAAUCAGGAGAAUUAACCAACUGUUGGGUAAAUGUUCAUGCCGUGUCGCCAGACAAGCAAGAACUUGGUCUGGUCCCACUAGUCCUCACUAUGAUGUCAGCGCAUUGUUUACCUGUACCAAAGGACGGUACAGUAUACUUGAGUGCCAUAGGUUUAAAUGAUAUACACACACCUAAAGCUAUAAAUUUCAAAAUGUCUCUAAGUAACCCUAGUGCCCAAAAGAUUGUAUUUGCAGAGGUCAGUACAGCCGGUUACGCGGCCAAUACGGCAAUGAACGUCAUCAAUGACGACAAGUUUAUCCCCGAUGACCUAACGCCUAGGGACAAAAAAACCUGUCGUGCUUGCUACUGGAACGCUAUGCAACGUGUGUUAGUAGACGCUGAGUUGCUUCAGCAACGACUCGCUACCCCUUUUAUGAUUGAAGUCGCUGGAGUGGGAAGAGGUGGCAAAACUGACGUUCGGGGACGCUAUAUGGGGUUAGUUGACGCACGAGUGUUGUUAGAACCAGGCCAGAUGGGAGUUACAGUUUGUUCCAAGUUGUUGCUUUUUAACGAAACUAAUACCCCUGACAAUAUCGGUGCACUAUUGGACCUUCCCCCUACAAGUGCAAAAGCCAGUGCCCGUGCCGAUGCUGACAAUGUUGUGGAUGAGUUUGAUCACCCUGCUUAUGUAGUUAUAAGAUUUGAUUUAACAGAGCCUUUGGUUCCUAAAACAAAAUUAGAAACUCUCUUCGAAACAAUGGGGUUUCCCCCACCUGAAAACCCUGACAUCGCGAGUGAACAUACAGAUUCAGAAAUUGUACCGGUUCAGGCUAUUGUCGAUGUAAAUAACAUAAGAGUAGAAGGUGGUGCUCUAGCUGUGCACAAAGAACUCCUCGGAUUGGCUUGUAAGGGUAUUGUUUCAAUGAAUCAAGGAAUUAAACGAACUGCUGCAAAUCGUUUGCUAAUGCGUGUUAGAUCCAUGCUCAAAAGCUUCCCCCCGGGAGAAUGUUCCUAUUUAGACUGGCAGGAAACAGUGAUGCGACAACACUCUGCAAGCAGGCGUGCAGUCACGGCAUCUUUUGCUCCUCAACCACCACCACCUCGACUUCCUGAUAAGGUGGCUGCAUCGAGAUGUCGAAUUGCCGGAGAUACAAGAAUAGCUGACAGACACAUUCAGUCUAAUUUAAAAGUGGCGGGAAAUCACCCAAGAUCGUUAAUUGCCAAGGCUUUACGUUGCUUAGAAGAUCGUAACGAUCUUGAUGCAAAAAAUUACUUACUCGAAGCUUUGAGGAUUCAGAAUAGGAAUAGAUACUUACUUUGGAUUUUUGGCGGGUUAGAAUUUAAUCAAGAAGGUGAUGGCGCAGAUAUAGCGGGUGCAGCCCUACGUAUUGCUGUAAAGGGUGAUUAUUCUGAUGGUACGGCAAAUGCUAUUGGGUGGGCAGCACUGCAUGCUUUCCAUCAUCACAAUGGGAAUAUUUACGCCGCAUUUGUAGCUGCAAAGAAAAUGAGAAAAGCUUUUUCUUUACCUAUGGACUGGGAUAAGAUUUUAGAGCGAUGGACUGAAACAAGCGGAGAGGAAGAAAUAUAUUGGUUGCCUGCAGUUAUAGGACCUGAUAACCCCAUGAUGCUUGCUGCUGCAUUUUUCCUCUGUCUUCGAUGCUACAAAUUUUCUGAAAGACUCUUACAUUGCGUGGAGGAGGGCUGUGCAAGCCGCGGCAGUACGCAACUUAAAUCUAUGAUUACACUUGAUGUGUAUUAUUUACGCGCAGCCUCACUUCUUCUGAGGCGCGAGCUAGACUCUGCCUUAGAAAUGACCAUGGAUGGAAUAAUUAAAUUCGGGCCUGCUCCUAUUAUGUCUCAAAUGCGAGCAACGUGUUUGACUCGAAUUCGAAAUUGGGAUCACGAAUGUGAACUUGCACUGCGGGGUGCUGAAAAGGCUGGAUCUGCGCUCUGCUCUUCGCUGUUGUAUACAGCAGGAUUAUCGAGUUUCAGGGAUGAUCCUGCUAUGGCUCUGCAGAGGGUAGCUCGUGCUCACAAGGCGACGCCUUCGCCUUACACAGCUCUGCUGAUUGGCCGAAUUUACUGUUGGUUGGGUGACGAAUUUCGCGCUGAACGUUGGAUAGCCGCUGCCGUGAACGUGGAACCUUUGCUGGCAGACGGGUGGGCAAUGCUGGCUUUAAUGGCGAUGUACGACAGGCAAAAGGAUAAAGCAAGACUGAUGUUGCGAACAGCGAGGCAGGUUGGGCCGGUGAGUCCAGAUAUAGAAGAAGAGAUAAAAAAACUGAUGGAUAUCGUGAAAAUAGAGCAAAUGCCAGACCACCUCGUCAAGAAUCUUUGUCUUUGCGAAUAUUAUUGAUAUUUUAUUGUUAGUACCUAAUUUAUUUUGGU